UCGGUUGAGUACGCGUUCGCUGUGCGCUUAGUAAAACUGUUUGUCUUCGAGUCGAAGCUGUGAAACUAUCUUUUUCUGUCGUUGCCAUAGAGUUCCGGACUGUCGAUAGUAGUAUUUCAGUGCUGCAACUACUAGCGAGCACAUGCUGAAGAAGUGAAAAACAAAAAAUAUUUAUAUAUCGAGCGUAUUAGUGAGAGGCAAGUGUUAUCGCAAUCAUUCAUAACAGGUGCUUGUUGGAAUAAUAGACGAGCCGGAGGAAAAGAUCUUACGUGUCGGCGAAAGUGCAAGACUUCGUUCUAGAGUUCAGUGUGCAUUUCGUUCGUAUAAGAAAAAAAAACCCCGAAAGUGGCAGUCACGUGUCUAACAGCUUUCUCUAGUGCCAGACGAUUACGGUGAUAGUUUUAUAUCGUUCGAAAUUUUACUAUCUGUGAGGAAGUGUUUGCUUAAAUGUGAUAUUCGGUGUUAUUCGUUUAGUGUAUAGUCUAUGUCUAUGUGAAAGAGCGAUUGCUUAGUAGCAUCAUCGUGUACCAGCCAUACAAAAGUAUUCAAAUCUGUCAGUUUGUAAAAAUACAUCGCUUUUUUGUUUACCACUGUGAGCAACAAUCUGGGCACAGCCAGAUUUUGUGCUUUCAGGGAAACCAAAUUCCUCCCUGAACCAGUGCCAAACCAAGCACCCGUGAGGAUUCACCCAAUAUUGUGUAUCAUUGAAAGCAGCUAAAAGUAGUCAUCAAAGUUGGCUGCCCAGGACGAACCGGGAACUGACCAACGGCAGGGUCAGCACAGUGGUGCCACGAUGAGUCUCAAAAAAGCCAGCCGUACCAAGAGCCUAUCGCUGAGCGGCGAUGACUUCCCGCUGAGGCCGGCCAAACCGCGGCCGGCUUUUAUCACCCCGAAGCGGCCCGAAGACACGAUGAAGAUUAUGAAGUACAUCGAUGAUAACGUGAUCGGGAAGGGAGUGGCCUUCCUGGGACCGUUCGGCAGACGGAAAGUCGUCUAUGCCGAUUAUACUUCCUCCGGCCGUUCGUUACAGUUUUUAGAAGAUUACAUCAACAAAGAAGUCCUACCCGCUUUCGGUGACACAAACUGUAUUUCCGCCGUCACCGGUCUACAGUCACACCUGUACGACAAUGAAGCUCGUGAUCUGGUACGCGCAGCGGUCGGCGCUGUUGCUGAGGAUGCAGUCGUUUUCUGUGAUAAUCCGGCGGAACGGUUGUGCUUCCUGCUCUCCAGUACGGCGUACGAUAGCGGAAAUAAACUGCCUCCGAUUCUAUUUGUUAGCAAUGCAGAACCCAUCGGUAAUCUUAAAUCAUGGUUGGAUGCCGGAUGGUUAGUGGAAAAAAUCGCGAAAAAUCACGAAGGUUUUUUAGAUUUGGUCGACUUAGAAAAGCGACUGCUCCAGUUUAACGAUCCUAAGCGAAUGAUGGUAGGACUGUUUUCCGGUGCAUCCCGGUUGACUGGUAUUUUGGCGGAUGAUGUAGCGACCACGAUUUUGCUGCACCAAUACGAUGCGCUGUCUAUCUGGGAUCACAGCGUGGCCGUAUCUUGUGCACCAAUCAAUACCAAUCCGAUUUUACCGGGAGCUCAAAAGGAUGCUAUCUUUUUCCACUGCAAUCGUAUGGUUGGUGGAGUUCAGGCUCCCGGAGUUCUCGUAAUUAAACAGAAACUAGCUGAAAACAGCGCUUCAUUUUUGGGCGACACUGUGGGAAUUGUGAGUGCAGUACGAGCAGGUUUGGUAGUGCAGCUGAAAGAGUCGCUUGGAGUUCAAGCCAUCAUGCAUCGGAUGGAGAAAAUCUGCAAGCAAAUGCUGGCGCACGUAAGAACGAUUCCCGAAAUCGCCCUACUGGGACCCCUUUGUACGACGGCCAAGCGACUGACAACUUUGUGUUUUAUGGUUCGCCAUCCCCGCGGAGCUUUCCUGCAUCACCGCUUCGUGGUGGCUGUCUUGAACGACGUAUUUGGGAUCCAGGCAACGGCAGAUAACAUGAUAGCGGAUUCGCUCGGGAUAAAUCCACAAUUAGCAAUCGAGUACGAAAAGUUGUUGAACGAUGAUUCUUUAAAGGCAGGAGGUAUUCAUCCGGGAUACAUAAGGAUUACGUUUCCAUUCUUUAUGACUGAAGCGGAAGUGGCGUUCAUAUUGGAAGCUCUGAAAAUGGUUGCCACUGAAGCGUGGAAAUUGUUGCCACAAUACGAAGUGGAUAAUAGAACCGGAGAAUGGAGACAUCAUUCGAAUUCGUUGGCCAAGGAGCGUAAGUGGCUUGGAACGAUUCGAUAUACGGACGGAAAAAUGUUGUUUUCUGAUAGACGAAUAUCAGGACCUGGAACGUUCCCGCAAAGCUACUCUGAUUGCUUGCAAACAGCUAGAAAUCUUUUCAACCGGGCACGUAAAAUGGCUCAGAGAUCAGCAUCCGACGAAAUUAUCCUAAAAUUGCCAAAUGCAUCAAUUGAGAAUCUUCGCUGGUACAUGCUUCCCGGAGAAGCGCAUGAACUGCUACUUGGCCAUUCGCACAGUGUCAAAAAUACCGUGCCAUUCGAUCCCACCAAAAUUGCAGAGAAUCCUUCACUGUUGAUGAUUCACCGACACCAUAGUUUGUCGGCUUUAGACAUCAAACGUUUCAAAAGCAGAAGUCUUCCAGCGUCUCCUAUGCAGCUUUCUCUACGUAGACAGCACUCCAGUUCACCGCAACAGUCGCAUAGUCCGACUCCAACACCAACUUCAUCGCCACCAAUCGUACGGUUUUCACUUGGUGGCGAAGUCAGUACUUACAGCCCACCUCGCGUGAUCAGCCUGAACACCCACGAUGCUGCUAGAAGCGCCAGUAGAAACAGAUGUAAUAGCUGGGGUUCGUCAACAACAAGAAUGGCGAACGUCGCUAGCCCCGUCAACAGCAAUGGCACUAACGCAUGUGUUGUCGAUGGUGGUGGUAUUAGUAAUAGAGGUAUCGAUCGUGAUUGUGGACUGGACGUUCUGGGACCUCACACUCGUUACCAUCUUGGAUUGGUUCAAUAUUCGCGCCGGCAAACCCAGGAUCCGACUACACCAACGGGCAGUAUUCCUGCAGACAACGCUGGCACGUGCCGUUUUUACAGUAAAGGCGGGCGAUCACCGCCACCUGUAUUGGCGGUCAAACCAAAACAGCGAUCCUGUUCCUGCAGUAGCCAGACGGAUCUCAGCAUGGGCUCUAGUAGCGAGAAUCUAGCUACUGCAGUAGCAGCCAACAUCGACGGUUCGCAAGCACUAAGCUUAUCGAACCUGCAAGCAAUACUGACGGGAAGCAGCUGCAGUGAUAGCGCCGAGGAUAUUCAGGCUUAUGUAAAGGAAGUAACCAAAGAGCUUGCCACCGAAAUCAAGUCAGAAAUUCGUGAGGUUAUAUCCAAAGUCGAAGAUGUAUUAGAAAGUACUGACAGUUUAGAUCUUAAUGGAGUGGCAUUUAAUUCAUUGGGAAAUAUGAGUGUUUCUAACGAAAAUAAACGAGAUUCGAUCUCCACCAAUGACGUUGUGGAUUAUCUUAAAGAGUAUAGCAAAGGCAUGAUGAUAGAGGUCAAAUCAGAAAUUCGUGAUGCAAUGAAUGCAGUGGAUGAAAUUAUCUCCCCAGAUAACGGUUUAGGAGUGCGAAAAAAUUCUCCCCCAGAUGUUUUCAAACCCAACGGUGGAGGGCCCAAACUUUUAAUUCAACAACGUUAUAGUGAUAUUACCCCAGCUGACCGGCCCAAAUCCGCUGACAUUGACAAACAUCGUUCUGAGUCGUUUCCCCGCCCAAACAGUUCUUUAACAGCACCAAGUCCGGAUAACAAUUUACCUAGCUUAUCGUACACUGGUGCUAUUGCGAAAAAAAUAGAUCUCAUGUCAUCGACGUCCUCGCAGGAUUCAGGCAUUAACUUGAGCUUCAGUGAGCAGGAUGAUAAACUGAAAGCUGCUGCAGGCAUCCGAGAUAGAUCUCGUACACUUUCAGCUCAGCUCGAGGAAGCUUCUAAUCAAGCUGAGCUUCAGCAGCGACGAGUUCUAUCCGAAUCGGCAGCACCAGUCACAGGCGAAAGUCCACAAGCAAGACUUCCCGUUACACCAGAAAUCGAGCUCUCGCCUAAAAAUCCUUUAAUGCGACAACCAGCAGUAAUGAAAAGCCCCCCUUCACAGGAGCAAGAAUCUGCAGCAGGCAGCCUAGAGGGUGCAACAUGGCACAACCUUCCGAAGGACAUCUGGAAACAAGCAGCCGAGGCUCUCGAUGACUUCGACAUGAUCAAGGACAGCGAUCGCAUUCUUGUUUGCCUAUCCGGUUCCAGCUCGUCGCUGUGCCUGCUUCAUCUUUUGCGACAGUUCACCCGGGCGCGACACCUAAGCAACGUACAGCUGGCUGCCGUUACUUUCGGGGACUGCGGCGUUGAUCCACGGGUCAUGAUGAUCUACCUUCGCGAACUCGGUGUCGAGUUUUUCUACGAACGUAAAGAAUCAGCGGAUAACCUGCAGCACAAGCUGGCCGCUCUGGCGCACCGUAAAGGCUACAACGUGCUGGCACUGGCCAACACACUGGACAAGCUAGCCGAUCGGUUUCUCGUGUCAUUGCUGUACAAGGGAAAGUUCAACGCUAUGCAAGCCGUUAGUCCGGUGGGUCCACAACUUCGCAUCAUUCGGCCGUUGCUCUACAUUCGCGAACGCGUGUUGGAAGACUACGCCGCCAGCAAGGCUCUGCCUUCGCGACCUUCCCGACUUUUUACUCGACCACCAGAUGCAGCCAACAGUAUUCUUCGGGUGCAGGAGGCUAUCAAUCCGAACGUCUACGGGAACAUUCGAAGUGCGCUAAAGCCACUGCUGGCGUUGAGGGUUGAGUCAGUGAAAUCCACGUAUGAGUCCAUUCGUGCGGCAUUAGUCACCCGAGACUAGUCCUCCCAGUUAAUGGUACAACAAAAACAGUCUAGAUAGGAUAAUCAAUUGUUUGUAUUGUGUUAAAAUACUGAUAGCAUAUAAGUAGAACCACCCGCAGAACCAAGGGUACAAUCCAAGUGAUUUAAAACUGAAUUUAUCCUGUAGUUUUUAGUCCAUAGUUUUUACUUCAUGUUUGUAAAUAAACCGAAGAAAUUGUACGCUAUCGGUAAAUGUGUAUAGUAUUUUUAGAUUUAUUGAACCGGUCCUAAUCUAAUUGAAUCGCGUGAUACGGUCGCGGCACAGUGAAGCCAGGUAGAGCAAAAGCCGGUUAUGAUUACUGCGUAAGUUCUAUCG